ACGGACGGGCGGGCGGACGGGGACGACGAGACGGAGCGAGCGCCGCGGGCCGCCGGGCGUGUCGAUUGAUUGAAGGGAGAACUGGAGCCUGAGAAGCCAACCCUCUUGAGUUUUCUCUCGGUGUCAUUUCGGUGGCUGAAGUCCAAGAGGAGAUGCCGAGUGUGAAUCCUUUUUAUUGAAGCCGGUAAUUAAAGGGGGCUUUACGUUUUGCUCAUCCGUUGGGCGUGGACCCUCUCGUGGAGGAAUACAGUCCGUUUUCUUCCCAGCCCAUCCUUGGACGUGAAACUUACACCUGGCCGCAUCCCAUUCGAAGCGUGUUGAUCGGUGUUUGAUUCUAGGCCGCGAACGUGCCCGUCUUCAGAAUAAAUUCUCCCGCACCCCGCUCCCGCCCCGCAAGAUUACAUUGUGAUAGGAUCGCACUGAGCCGGCACAUCUCAAAUUGGGGGAACCGGUGGAUUUCCCUCUCCUACUAAGCACCCGGGGCGGUUCACACUGCCUUUCGAGUCCAAUUUCAGUCGGUCCUUCGUUACAGCUUACGUCGCUGACGUCGAGGAGCGGGAAGAAUCGUUUCCCUCGCGUACGUCAACCGCGUGCGUUCGUGUUGAGCUUUUCGGAAAGCGCGGCUCGGUGAAAAUGCAAAUCCCAGACUCGACCGCUUAAAACCGAAUAGCGUAGCCAUGGCAAGCCUGUCGACAGAUUUCCCGUCGGGUCCGGCGAACGGGAGACUGAGCGGCGCAGGGGACGAUGGCAGCCCUCCAGUGAAGAGAAUGAUGACGGAGAUCCACGUAAAUGGCAAAUCGGCCGUCGUCAGGUCGCCGGCCAUCAAGAAGGAAAACCCGGACGACUACGGAGAGGCGCCAGUGGAGGCUGACGGGGAGAGUGCCAAACCAAACUGUGCUUCGGCGUCUGAGCCCUUAAAUAUCAACCCCAGUUUGAAACACACCUUGGCCCAGUUCCACUUAAGCAGCCAGAGCUCACUGGGGGGACCGGCGGCGUUUUCCGCCCGCUAUUCCCAAGAGAGUAUGUCGCCCACUGUGUUCUUGCCUCUCCCGUCGCCUCAGAUCCUCCCCGGCCCGCUGCUCAUCCCCUCGGACAGCUCCACGGAGCUCACGCAGACGGUCCUGGAGGGGGAGUCCAUUUCUUGUUUUCAGGUGGGAGGAGAGAAGAGGCUCUGCUUGCCUCAAGUCUUAAAUUCUGUGCUCCGGGACUUUUCCCUCCAGCAGAUCAAUACGGUGUGCGAUGAACUGUACAUCUACUGUUCGAGGUGCACCUCGGACCAGCUGCACAUCCUGAAGGUCCUGGGGAUCCUUCCCUUUAACGCCCCGUCCUGCGGGCUGAUCACGCUGACCGACGCUCAGAGACUAUGCAACGCUCUGUUACGGCCGCGCACUUUUCCUCCGGACGGCAGCCCGCUGCCUUCUAAAAACUCGUUGGCCCAGUUGAGGGAGACCGGCGGUGCCUUCGAGGUCGAACACGAGUGCCUGGGCAAGUGCCAGGGUUUGUUUGCGCCCCAGUUCUACGUCCAUCCCGAUUCGCCGUGCAUUCAGUGUCUGGAAUGCUGCGGGAUGUUCGCACCCCAGACUUUCGUGAUGCAUUCUCACCGGUCACCGGACAAGAGGACUUGUCACUGGGGCUUCGAGUCCGCAAAAUGGCACUGCUAUCUUCAUGUUAAUCAGAAGUACCUGGGAACACCGGAAGAGAAGAGACUCAAGAAUCUCCUGGAAGAAAUAAAGGAGAAAUUUAGCGUCAAGACCCCGAAGAGAGCGCAAUACAAAGCAGACGUCCAGCUGGGUUUGGAAAUGCAGCCGUGGUAUCCCGUUAUAAAGCAAGAAAGUGACCGGGCUUCUCCAUCGCAGUCAUUCAUCCAUCCAAGCUACUACCUAUACAUGUGUGAUAAAGUGGUGGCCCCGAACGUUUCCCUCACCUCUGCUGUGCCCCAGCGUAAAGAAGCCCCAAAAGCUGAGGGUAAGAUCACCGAGGUAAAGAAGUCAUUACCGGAACAGGUAGAGAAAGCACAGAACGGUGGGAAACAUCAAAAGGCCGUCUCCUAUCCAGAACUUUCCCUUGAGGAGCAGGAAAGGAUAGACUUAAAAACAAGUCGAGAAGUCUAUAAUCGUAAAGAUGCCCCCGUGCCAACAGAUUCCACCGGUAGGAAGAACACGGAGCCCGGCGCAAACGGCAAGAGCAACGAAACGAACAAGGCGGAAAUGGGCCGAGAGACCCGGGCUUCACCCCCGGCUUGCGUUAAGGACAUCAGCUGUGAAGACGAUAAGGGAAGGAUCAUGGAGGCGGUGAUGAACACCUACAUAAAGCAACAGGAAAAGCUGAACUCCAUUUUGCAGAAAAAGCAGCAACUUCAGAUGGAAGUGGAAAUGUUAAGUAGUUCGAAAGCUAUGAAAGAACUCACGGAAGAGCAGCAGAAUUUACAGAAGGAACUUGAGUGCUUGCAGACCGAGCAUGCUCAGAGAAUGGAGGAGUUUUACAUCGAACAGAGAGACUUGGAGAAGAGGCUGGAACAGGUGAUGAAGCAAAAAUGUACCUGCGACUCAAAUUUAGAAAAAGACAAAGAAGCCGAGUAUGCAGCCCAGUUGGCAGAACUGAGGCAGAGAUUGGAUCACGCGGAGGCCGACAGACAAGAACUUCAGGACGAGCUGCGACAGGAACGAGAAGCAAGACAGAAAUUAGAGAUGAUGAUAAAGGAACUGAAGCUUCAGAUUUUGAAAUCUUCAAAGACCGCUAAAGAGUAAAAACCAUGGGAGGCGAAUCCAUGCAUCUGCUCCAAACAGGGUUUUUUUUUUUAUAGUUGAACUGAGAGCAACUCACCUAUGUGCGGAAAAGACAAGGCACUCUGUUGAUUCCUAGUUCCCAGAGAAGGUGAAGAGAUUAUAUAUUAGUAUAUGCAUUUUUAGAUUUUCCAAAUGGAUGAAAAUCUGGGCUUCUUUGUACUCCUGUUUUUUCUGAAACAGCUAGUAGCAACAAUGAAACCUUCUGUUUUCAAGCAGUAGAUGUCUGUCUAUAUUUCUAAUGCAAACUUGACACCUGGGUGACUUUAUAAAGCAGCACUGUAUAAUAAGCAAACACACCGAUGGUCAUUACCCCUUGUUCAUAUCCUGGCUUUAGGAGCACUUUUUUAGAGAUGUUUCCUUGUAGGGGGGGUCUUCAUAUUUCCAGAUUAUUUAGCAGUCCAAAAGAGUCUCCCCUUAGUCUGGCGUGGUCCGGAACAGACAUUUACAGUCUUAUUUCUUUGAAACUGAUGUCGGAGUAGCCUGCCAAAUCGGAAACGUGACUCCAUUUUCUAAUUCUGAGUAUGGCUUUUUUUUUCAUAAACUGUUCUUUUUAAUGUAAACUAUUAAUCAACAUCAAUAGAAGAAUGUGUGAUUUCAUUAAUGAGGCUAGACUAUUCCCUCAUUGGUAUAAUUGAAGUGGGAUAACAUGAUUUGUUAGACAUCGCUGAUGGAAAAAAGAACAGUUGGAAUUGCAGUGCGAUUUACUUCCGUAAAAGAAAAAGAAUGUAGCCUCUUCAGGCAGCAGCUGAGGAAGGUUGAACAAGAGGUAAUAAUUGGAACUUUCUUUAAAUCUCUGAGCUUCUAAUGUUAGGGUGAGUAGUGGUAUGAAAAUCUAAAUACUCUUGGGGAAAAAAAGGUAGUUACGAAUGUAAAUCAGCUACUUUGGCAUCCAUAAAUCUUCUGUACAGUUUUUUUGCUAUGUAGUUAUGGGUCUUAAUGACAUUUAUAUGGUGGGUUUGUUUUUCUUCCAAAUGUAAAAUAUAAAGGUCAUUUGAAAUCUUUGUAUGUUUAAAUGUCAAAGGAAAUCUUCUCAGAAUCUGCACGAGUGGACUCUGUUCAUUUAACUCAACAUUAAAAUCAGGAAUUUGUUGUUUUCAGAUAUCAGUGCAUCAUAAUUUCACAGAGCUUGUCAGGUAUUUUUCACCAAAGGUUCUGUAGAUUACUUUCAUUGUUCAAAAGCAAGACAAAGGGAUUCCAAGAUUUGGAAAAAGAAACGCUUGCACUUUUAUUUUUUGCACCAAUAAUCUAGAAUUCUUUAAUGGAAAACUUCAUUAAAGGUGGUUUAAAAGAUGUCAGUUAGACGUAUUCAAUAGUGCUCCCAUUUUUUCAAGAUAUUCCCCGAAGUUACCGUUAAUUGAAAGUGCUUUUCUGUGAUUGCAUGUUUUGGGUGUUUCCUCAGAAGGUGUUGUUGGAGAAGUUUUGGAGAAAGCCACUAAUAUGAAAUCUGCACCUGUUUUUGUUAACCAGAACCUGCCAGGUGACUAAACAGGGAGGUAAAGUUUAUUCUCUUGGAAUGAUGGAGAUUUUCAAGGCACCAAAGUUCCAUUUAGAAAAUUACUGCUCCAAGCCGCUACUGGGUACCUAACGACCCUGAAAAGUUUUGUCCACCUCCCAAAGUGAGAAGGAAUUUCUUCACUUGUCUAGGGUUGGUCUGAUCCAUUUCCACUUUCUCCCUAAUACCUUUAUUAAGAAUGCUGCCCUACUAAUUUGAGUUUGUCUCGUUCAUUCAUUCAAUCAUAUUUAUUGAGCGCUUACUAAGUGUGUGGGAGAGUACAGUUCAACAGUAAACAUGACGUAUUCCCUGCCCACAACGAGCUUACAGAUCUCAUCACAGAGACAAGGAAAUAUUCAAGUGACAGAUACCUUUUACAAUUUAAAUUUAGCUUGGAGGAAAUAAAACUGCGGUUGCGGAGUAAUUCUUGUGAAUUAUCUGAUCACACUCUCGCCACUCGUUUGCAAAUGACAAAAUACAAUUUGGUUGAGAUUUUCAGCACUUUCCUUCCAUCGCUGAUGGAUGCACAUUGGGAUUUGCUUUAUUUCUCCAGACCAGUGAUUAUGUAUCUGCUUCCAUCGGCCGUAAAAGGUAGGCUCAAGUUCACCAUCACCUCAGAAAUCCGAUAACAAAAGACACCGAUCUUUGGUAAAUGCAAAGCUUUAGAUUCUAAAAUUUGCAUCAAUAUUAAAUUAUUAGAGUCUUAAUUUCAAAUUAAGAAAACAAUUUCAAGCCCUUUGAAAACAAUUCCCGUACUCUGGGUAGUCUUAAUUUUAUGCCAGAUGAUCCAUUGACGUGCCAUAGUUUUGUGCCCAAAUUCAUCGAAAGAUAGUUUUUUAGCAAAUUGUAAAUACAAUACAAGUUUUAGAUAAAAUAGUUUUACGUAGGGCUGUUCCUCAAAUUUACAAUAGGUAAGACGACUUGUUUUAUUUUCAAGCUUACGGAGCUUCGAUACCUGCAGAAAGUUUUGAGAACCCAUUUCCCGACACCUCUGAUGAAAAACGUAUCCUGUCAGUAUGAACUACUCUUCUAGUCUUCGCAUGCUCAUUUUGUCCGUUAGUCGGUAGUAAAAAAGUCGUUUUUAUCUCUAGAUUAGGUGAGCCGAACUUAUAGGGCGAGAAGAUAGUCCCCAGGCUAUCUUAAUGUUGUUUCAGGGAAAAAAGCUUAAAAAGACAAAGUUUGAUUUUAAAAGCUGCAUUAAGGAACAGUCACUAAAAAGGAAGCACUUUUUAGGAAGAAAAAUAGCAUACGACUUAACUAGUUUAUUGGGCUACGUUUUAAUUUGGUGGGGGUUGAGCCGCCUGAGGGAAAUGUUCAGAAAAUAGUAAAUCUUCUGCAAUCUCGGCAGCUGUAAAACUGCCCUGAUAAAUAAUUGCAACCAUAUAACACUAUAAGGUUUGACAAAAAUCUUAAAAUCGAUGAAGCCAUGCUUUAGUUUUUGUAAAGCAUAUCCCCUAGCUUGAGUUCCUAGGUAAAUAGGCAUUUUACAACUUCUUGAACUAAUUUUAUAACAUAUUUAAUAUAUUAACAGUUGAGAUGUAAAAUCAUUUGUACAUAUUAAACUAUUAUAAUGCAGUUACUAAAGUAGGAAGAGUAGAGGGAGUAUAAGGCUACUUGCAGUUUAGUUCCAUGUGGAUUUUGGAAGUCAUGAACAACCACUGAUUUGCACAUCUUUGGCUUCAUCUUGGGGGAGAAGCGCUGAUGACGGGGGCGAUGAAAAGUACUUUCAAACUCUUCAGUUCCCUCGAAUCGAAAAACUGGUGCUGAAGAAGUUGAUCGUUCAAUUACUUAACUGCCUUGCUCAUUUUGUUGGGCUCAUGGUUGGAAAUUCUGUAACGAUGGAAUUGAUUUUGCAUUUCUUUGGCACUUCAUGCAUGUUAGACACGACAGAACAUUAUAGAAAACUAAUGAAUCACUGUCCUUUUGAUGCUGAACAUCUAAUUCUGUGCUUGAAACUAUUUAAGUAUUUUUUAUCUAAGCUGGCAACAGUAAAGUGUUCCUUAUGGUAAAAACUGCAGGAUUGAGUAAUCACAACUUAAAUCAUUAAAAGAAAUCAUCACUUUAAAAUAAGAAGGCUCCAGGGCAUCUCUAUUUUCAGGGAAACUGUCGAGUAGUUAUAUUGUGCUCCUUGCUUGUUGCAUUGAGUUUAGAAGCCAAGUAAAUUUCAUUGACAACGUUUUAUAUUGCGAAAAUUGGCAAUCAAACCCGUCGGACAUUUCGUAGCGUAUUUCGUUGAUUAGAAUGGAAAUGACCUCUGCAGUGUAACUGUUUCAGUUAGAGAAUACUUGAAAGCGUUGAUUGGUGAUUUUCCUUAAGCACAGCAAAACAAAACCUAUGAAUGAAUAAAACGCAAAGGAAACCUAUUUUUUCAAUGUACAUACCUCACUUGAAAACCAAGAAAGCACAGUGUAUUUAAAAUAGUUCUAGUAAAGAAAUGAUUCUGUCUAAACGAGUUUGCUACUGUUAGGUUACUUUCUGGGCAUAGCCGGUCUGUGAUCAACAUGUAUGUGUCUCCAUGUGCGCUGUUAGAAUGAUUUGUUUAUCCAUGUUAUGCCAAUUACAAUAACCAGUUAAGUUCAGGCGUUUUUGAUUUUCUAUUCUAUGAAGGCAGCAAAGUAGAAUACCUAUUCUGAAACUGUAGCAAAAAAAUAAAAUAAAGAUCUGACAAUGAUCAGUGUAUUAAGCAUUUGAAAAUAUUUUGCCAAUGAUGUACAGUUUUAUGGUAAAAGUUGCUGUGGUUGCAUUACAUGACACACAAAACUGUCCUCUACCUCAUGUGAAAUUAACAGAUAUUUUAUAUGGUUUUAGUAAAACAAGAUGCAUCUAUCUAUCUGGUCACUUAGUUUACAAAUUUUGAAUUAUAUUUAUUGAAACAUUACAUACUGUGCUCUUAGCUUAUACCUCAAUUGUAUUUUGUGCCAUUUUCCAUUUUCAUGCUUUGUAAAUAUCUUGUAUAGACUGGAUUCAAUUCCAAAUAAAGAAUUGAAUGUCAAAA